UCUAACACAUCACAAAACAUAUGGUCUCUCUUCUUCCUCCUUUUUAAACCUUCACUCAACACCAAUUCCAUCUUCACAAUCUCUCUCUACAUCUCUUUCUCUCUCUAAACAAACCUCAACAAUUACAAAACCAAGCAUCAAUUUUUUUUUCAACAUCUAAAAAAACCAUACUCCACCUAUGGCGACAGGACUAACCGCCACUAUAACCUUGAAACCCUUAAACCGUCACUACAAACCUUUCCUUCCUCAUCUCCAAAAACCAAAUCCAACACUUAUCUUUUCCCCUUUAAGAUUCCGAACAACCCCAAAAACACAAAGAUUGAAAAACUUUACCCUUUGUGUUCUCAUGGAAGAUCCAAAACAUGAAACCCAAUUGGAAAUUGAAGAAGAAAAACAACCCCUUGUAGUUUUAUCACAAAAAAUGGAAGAGAAAUUGGCAAGGAAAAAAUCAGAGAGAUUGACGUAUCUUAUUGCAGCUGUUAUGUCAAGUCUUGGGAUAACAUCUUUGGGUGUUUUGUCGGUUUAUUUAAGGUUUUCGUGGCAAAUGGAGGGUAGUGGAGAAAUUCCUUGGUCUGAAAUGUUUGGUACAUUUGCUCUAUCAGUUGGUGCUGCUGUUGGAAUGGAGUUUUGGGCUAGAUGGGCUCACAAGGCUCUUUGGCAUGCUUCCUUAUGGCACAUGCAUGAGUCCCAUCAUAGAGCAAGAGAAGGAGCUUUCGAGUUGAACGAUGUUUUUGCAAUAAUCAACGCUGUUCCUGCUAUCGCUCUCCUUAACUAUGGUUUCUUUCACAAAGGAUUGAUCCCUGGUCUUUGCUUCGGUGCGGGUCUUGGCAUUACAGUUUUUGGAAUGGCCUACAUGUUUGUACAUGACGGUUUAGUUCAUAAGAGAUUUGCAGUGGGACCCAUUGCCAAUGUACCCUAUUUCAGAAGGGUAGCUGCAGCCCACAAACUUCACCAUUCAGACAAAUUCAAUGGUGUCCCAUAUGGGUUGUUUUUGGGACCAAAGGAACUUGAAGAGGUGGGAGGGCUAGAAGAGCUAGAGAAAGAGAUAAGUAGGAGGACAAAAUCAUACAAUAGUUCAUGACUUAAGCAUACACUAAUUUAGAUAUGCUUUAAAAAUUAUUAUGUAAAAAAAUAUUAAAUUAAAUAAUCAAAAAAAGUUUUGCUCC